CCUUUCCUCCUCUGUCGCAUCCUUUGGUCUACCAAAGCAUCACAAUUUUUAUUAAACUACACUACACUCCUCCCUUUCUGCAUUGUUUUGUUUUGUUUUCUUCCUUUCAACAAUCCAUCCAAGUAUGAGGGUCAGAAACAGUGGAAAGCCCCCUCAACGCUCCCUUUCACCUCCACCACCCUCUCCGCCGACGCCGUCGUUUUCCACCUCGCCGUCACAUGUCAUGGUGAGUAGAACCAACGCCCGGCUUUCCACCAUUGACUCCCCCGUUGCUCAAGAUGGAAGUGUUACGGAUGAUAGCUGGUCCGUGUCAACUAAGGAGAGUUUGGGGCACAGCAUGUUUGGGCAGACAUCAACUUCAAGCAACUCCGUUUCCUCAUCUUUAUCCUUCAAUGGGCGGUGGUGCGAGGAAGAAAGAGCAAUACCAUUGAAGAAAAGGAGAGUAGUAGUGGUGAGCUACGAAACAAAACAGCAAAGCAGAGAAAGGAUGGAGAAAGAUACGUUAAUGGAGGAACGGAAUCAAAACCAGAGGUGCAAUAGAAGGAACGGAAAAGGAUGGAGGUGUAACAAAAUGAAGGUGAAAGGUCAUAGCUUGUGUAAUCACCAUUUGGAAAUGCAAAAGAUGAGAAAUAGUAGCACCAGCAGCACCACCACAAAUCAAGGUGAAGAUGGAGAUGGAGCAGGGAGGCCGGCGUUUGCUGUGAGGGAAAACAAUAGGGUUAAGGUGGUGAAGGCUCGGUCCAUGAGUAGCUUGCUUAGAGACACUGUUCCAUUGUUUUACUAUUAAUGAAGAUAGUGAGUAACAGGAAAGGGUAGAAAUUUGAGUAUAUAGCCAUAGAAAUAGGUUUUACUGUGUUUAAAACAAAUGAAAAUGAUGCAUAGGUUUGACAAAAAAGCAGAAAUGAAGUGAAAGACACAUAUUGGUUGAUUUGGUAUUUCAUUGGCAUUUUCUCCAUAAUUUCCA